AUGGCUACUCCCACUCCCAUGCCAGCCAGAGGCGAUCGAAACGCCCCAGUCUUUGAUUCGUCCAAGCCCCACGAGUUGCGCCGUUAUUUCCUCGAUCUGGAGUUCCUUCUAGCUCGAUCUGCCGUCACUGACGCUGCCCAAAUGAAGGGGCAUGCGGUCAGAUUCCUUUCCGUCAAAGAUCAGGAGAUUUGGGAAGGUCUACCGUCAUUCUCAGACGCCAACAAAUCGUACCACGACUUCAAAUUGGACGCCCUCAGCCUCUACGCAGGGAACGACACAGAUCGUCGUUUCAGCCUCGACGAUUUGGACAUGCUCGUUGGGCAGACAUCUCGCAUGGGAAUCCACACAAAGGACGACCUCACACAAUUUUAUCGACGAUUCCUACACAUCACAACAUUCCUGAUUAGCAAACAACGACUCUCUGUGGCAGAACAGAGCCGAUUUUUCCUUCGAGCUAUGAAUCCAGCCUCGUUGUCCGUCUCAGUUCGCCAGAGACUUCAGAUCAAGAAGCCAGACGUUCACCCUGAGGAUCCAUAUGAUUUGUCAGAUCUGUACGACGCUGCUAAAUUCGUCCUUUCAGGAUCAUCGACCUUACUUCCUGGAAUGCCCACGUCUCAGCCCGGAACCGAGCUCACAAUCAAAUCAGACCCUGGAAUUACUGCACUAGUUUCAUCCGUCUCAGAUCUAGUUCGAAUAAUCGCUGCUCAACACGCCAAUCCUGGUGCCCCAGCACAAUCACAGUCCGCCAACGCCCUGCCCCGCCGUCGCCGUCCUGAUGGCUGCAGUUAUUGCAGUGAUCUCGAGCAUUUUAUCAGCCAAUGUCCCCACGUUUCGACGGAUAUUCGAGACGGAAAAUGCCGCCGCAAUGUGGAUGGGAAAGUCGUCCUCCCCUCAGGCGCAUAUGUGCCAAAUAUUGUCCAAGGAAAGGAUCUUCGAGAGCGCAUUCAGAAGUGGCAUGAAGCAAACCCAGGUCAGGCAGCAGCUCCGCAGAUGAUUUUGGAAGUUUCUCACCAGAAUUUGCUGUCUUCUGCGGCGCCUGGGCUCGUUCAAACGUUCAAACUCACGGACGAAGAACAAAUGGCAGUUCUGACGGCUGAAAUUAAUCAACUACGCACACGGGCCCAAGCUAAACGCGCUAUGGAAGUUGCUAAUCAACCAGAAGUCCCUGAACGCACUAUUCCACCGGCGGUAGCGCGAAAUCCAGUCGUUCCACCUGUUCCAAUCGAAACCGUCCCUCCUGCGACCGCCCCUGCUGCUCCAGUUGCCCCGCCUCAACCCCCAAUCCAUCCGUACGCCGCAGCUCGUGAUGGCGCUUACGCACCGCCCAAAGAACGAAAUGUUGGGAUUCCAGCGCAGAAAUCACAACCCCCACGCUCUUCGGCUCCGAUCUACAACCCCAAAGAUGCUGCAGCUGUUUUCGACGCCAUUUUGGACAUCCCUGUCACCCAGACGCUUCGCCAGACCCUGUCGAUUGCCCCAGAAGUCCGUGCUCAAUUCCGCGAAGCCACUAGUUUCCGUCGUCCCCCUGCCAAGACUGGCGAGGCAGUGCCUCAAUUCCUGCAUCCUGUCACUGAUAGCAUGCCCUACGACCUUCCAUAUGCUCAGGACGACUCAGAUUUGGUCGAAAAACCAGACGUUGCCCCCAGACGCUUGGGUGGUCCCAGAUAA